AUGUGCCGUUUGUUCUCGUGCAGCUCACUCAACUACGGUGCUCGAUGGCGCAUCACUAGCUAGUCAACUAUUGUUAGUAGGAAUUUAAAAAGCGGAAGCAGCCCGGCAUAAGAAACGAAUACCCGAGGGGUAUAAUCAAUGGAUGACCUGGGGUAUCUCACCAGUGGGCACAACGUUGCCCUGGUCAUUCUGUCCUUCCUCCAAGCUGACUGUGGAACUUCAGAGUACGGGAAGGAGCUCCUCUCCCUGGGAAAGGACUUUAAUCUGACCCGGGACAUCAACGGCCCCAGACCAGACGAUGGAGGCCUCGAAACUGAUGGUCACUUGAGCAGCAGCAUCACAGCUGCUCUUCUUGAUGUUGAGCCUUCGGUGGAACUGCAGUGGCCCAGGAACCAUGAAGAGGCAGCAGCUCUUCAGCAGAUUGCAGAAGGGCUGCGAGAAAUCGGCGACCAGUUUGAACACAAUGUUGUAGCUGAGGCUACGCAGAACCUCAGCAGGAACAUAUCGGCCUCCCCCUCUGAGCAGUGGAAAGAUCACCUUCGGUGGGAGGUGGACAGAGUGAUGAGGCGGGGCGUGGGCCUGGAGCAUCUUCCCCAGGAGCGCGUCAUCCUGGCCUUCACGCUCACCCUGGUGAAGGGAGUGUGCAAGCGGGCCCCCCGGCUCCUCAGGAACCUAUUCGACACGGUACUGCAGCGCUUCAGCCCUGGUGACUUGUGAGGAAAUAACAGAAACGCGUGGUGGAAGACAGCGGAAUGUGAAACUGGCAUCUGGUCGUCACGACCGGUUGACCGUGUUGGUUAAACAGAAGUAAAAACACUUUUCAGACGUAGAAUUAUGAGUUUAGAGUCAUAUUUGGAAAACGGGAAAUAGGUUGAUUUUGAGACUUGAAUAUUGUCAUUCCUUCAUUUGUUUACCAUUGCUUAAAAAAUGUAUUUUUUCAUUUUGUACUUGAAGGACAAUUUUGUAUUCGAUUAAUUUUCUUUUGGCGUGUACUUGUAUGUCUAUUAUAGUGUCACGUGAUUAAAUCUAUUUUCAUGUGAUCCGAGUCUAAUUUCAACCUGAAAUACUUUGAGAUUGUAUUUUAUUGAACAUGAAGUGUGUUGAUCUUUGGCAAUGCAAAAUUUAAAUGUACACACAUUUGAACAAACCACCACAGAACAGGUUCUCAUUGUUUUAAUUAUUCUCAUCUCAAAUAGUGUUGUAGGAAACUCGAGGUACAAAGUGUGUUUGGGACCUUUUGCCAUCCACCCUACUUCGUACUUUAAUGGUUUCCCUUUGAAAGCAGGAAGUCUGUGUAUUACUGUGUAUUACAUGUGUAUACACUGACUGACAUACAUGGAAAUGGUUCAUCAAACACAAUGUCCUAACAGCCAUUCUUGAAUUUUCAUAGUGAUAAAACUUACCACAAUAUCUCCAAAUUCUUUAAGAGAAAACAGAAGUGGCGACGCACCAGUGAACAAAAUGCAGUUUGUCCCCUUUUAAUAAACGGUUCUGAUGACGAACUAUCAUGUGAGCUCUCAAAGGGGCGGGACAACUAAAGGUCUAGAUUUAACGAGGGGGGAGAACGUGAGACAUUCCACUAGAACACUUCACUUUCUGUUUAAGUGCUCCUGCACUGUACUGAAGAUUGGCUCACUAGUAACUGCAGAGGUGAUAUUCAUGCAAAAAUGUAUUUCAUAGCAACACAAGAGGUUGAAACUUACUUCUAAAAACAAAUCUCGAUGAAGUGCGUUGAUGCCGUUUUGAUUGUCGCUGAAGAACCCAUUUUUGCCAUCAAUACCUCAUUCUACUGGUGAACAGGACAAAGUAACUGGGACAGACCGGAUAGUCAUUGGAAAGCUGAGGCAUGAGUCGGGUACAUUAUAAGCAGUGGAGAAAUAAUAGUGAUGGGUACAAAGCAAAAUACUGAGAACUAAAGUUCAGUUAAAGUUAAGACGGGGAAGAAACUGCAGAGAACGAGGUUUAACAGAGGAAGUAGCACAACCAGUCAAUCCAAUCCCGAAAGCUGUUUCCAUUAAAAGGCUGAUUGAAUUGACAUUUCUACUAGAGAAGCAGCAGAACUGUAUCCAAGGAACUGAAAUACUUUC